AUGUCGACAGACAAGUCGAUAGGGUCCGCUCAGAUCGACGUAACGCAAAAAGUCAUCACUGCAAAUCCAAGAAGAGUGGGAGCGCCGUGGAUGAAGUCAGAAGUUCAAGGCACGGUGGGCGGGUCACGUGAAGGGCUUACAUUGGUGGGGGCGGAGCGUCACAGCAGAUUUGACAGGGGGGUGCGGUACUGA